AUGGCCUCCUCAGCCCGGACGGUGCUGGUGUCCGGCUGCUCCUCGGGCAUAGGCCUGGAGCUGGCCGUGCAGCUGGCUCGGGACCCCAGGCAGCGCUACCAGGUGGUUGCUACCAUGAGGGAUCUGAGGAAGAAGGGAGCCCUGGAGGAAGCCGCCGGCGAAGCCCUGGGGAAGACUCUCACCGUGGCCCAGCUGGACGUGUGCAGUGACGAGUCGGUGGCCCAGUGUCUGAGCUGCAUCCAAGGAGGCGAAGUGGAUGUACUGGUGAACAACGCUGGCCUGGGCCUGGUGGGGCCGGUAGAGGGACUCAGCAUCGCCACCAUGCAAAGCAUCCUGGACACCAAUUUAUUCGGGGCCGUCCGUCUGGUCAAGGCUGUGCUCCCAGGCAUGAAGAGGAGGCGGCAGGGCCACAUCGUGGUGGUCAGCAGCGUCAUGGGACUGCAGGGUGUCAUGUUCAACGAUGUCUAUGCAGCCUCCAAGUUUGCCCUGGAGGGCUUCUUCGAGAGCCUCGCGAUCCAGCUGCGCCAGUUCAACAUCCACGUCUCCCUGGUGGAGCCAGGCCCGGUGGUCACGGACUUCGAAGGGAAGCUCCUGGCGCAGGUUUCUUCCCAGGAGUUCCCAGGCACCGACCCCGACACCCUGCACUACUUCCGGGACGUCUACCUGCCCGCCUCCAGGGAGCUCUUCCGGUCUGUGGGGCAGAGCCCACAGGACGUGGCCCGGGCCAUUGUCAAGGUCAUCAAUGCAUCCCGACCGCCCCUGCGAAGACAGACCAACGCCCGCUACAUCCCGCUGACUGCGCUCAAAGCCAUGGCCCCCUCUGGCCACCUGUAUGUGAGGGUCACCCACGGCCUGCUCUUCCGCUGGCCACGCCUUCUCAACCUGGGCCUCCGGUGCCUGGCUUGUGGCUGCCUGCCCACCCGGGUGAGGCCCCAGUGAGCAGAGCCCCGCCUCACCCUCCCCAGCCCUCCACAGCCAGGCCUCUUCACUCCACCCCCGACUUGGGAACUGUAUAGACUUGUCACUCAUUCAUUCAUUCCACACUCUCUGCCCCAUCUUCCUUGUGUCUGAGCAUUGCUGGACCCCAAGAAGGGCCUUAGGCUGGAGGUACAGACCCCUCUGUGGCCAUGACGAGGGUAGAGAGAGGGACCCUGAAACCUCAGGGUGAGGAGCCCAGAGCCAUGGCUGGGAAAGCAAGGGAGGCUUCCUGGAGGAGGAGGCGUUGUCAGGGACCUUGAAGAACAAGACAGUCUGUCCCCUUCAACCUCUCGAAUUCAUGGCUCUCGGCCUGAGAGCCCAGGAAUGUCCAGGUCCAACACCUGCGCCCUCCCACACACACACCCCGAGCUGGGUGGGCCCAGGGUCCCACACGCCUCAUCACACAACUCCCCCAGCAACGUGAGUUUGCACGCACCUGCAACGGAUGUCUAUUUUUUCAUUAAAUGUGUGC